CUUCUCUCUUCGUGACAUCAAAUGGUGAUAUUUAUAUUGAUGAUGGUGAGGACAACAGUCGAGUGCAGAAAUGGAUGGCAGAAACAAAUACCUUUGUCACAGUGAUGAAUGUCAACUCAUCAUGUUGGGGUUUGUUUGUCGAUAUCAAUGAUACUCUUUAUUGUUCAAUGUAUAAUCAUGAUCAAGUAGUGAAAAGAUCAUUAAAUGACUCUGUGAUAAAUUCAAAUCAUAUUGCUGCUGGAACAGGUAUUUACGGAUAUGGCUCGAAUGAACUUAAUGGUCCGAAAGGAAUCUUUGUCGAUGUGAAUCUGGAUUUAUAUGUAGCAGAUUGUGGAAAUGAUCGAAUUCAGUUGUUUCAGUCAGGAGGAUUGAGUGGUAUCACAGUGGUUGGAAGUGAAUCACUAAAUCCAAUAAUUAUACUUGUUUGUCCAACUGGAAUUGUAUUAGAUGCUGAGAAAUAUUUAUAUAUUGUGGAUCAGGAGAAUCAUCGCAUUAUUGGAUCAGGCUUGAAUGGUUUUCGAUGUUUAGUUGGAUGUUAUGGAGUGGGUUCACAAUCCAAUCAAUUGAACCAGCCAUUUAGUUUUAGUUUCGAUAAUUCUGGAAACAUCUUUGUUACUGAUCAAGAAAAUUCUCGAAUCCAAAAGUUUUUAUUGACGAAAGAUUCUUUUGGUAAGUUGCAGAAAAGUUGA